UGAUUUUUUGAUCUUUUAUACUUUUUGUAGUGUAGGCGGGAUUCAUACAAUCCCUAAUUUGAUGAAAAUUAUAAACCCAGAGACAAACUCAUAGCUCGGUCCGUGCCUCUCUUUUUGAUAAUGGAACCUGAAAAUCAGCAGAAAAUCGAGCAGACAGUGCUCGAAAUACUAAAAGCAGCUGACAUGGAAGAGAUGACUGAGUUCAAACUCCGAGUCACUGUAUCAGAGCGACUCGGCGUCGAUCUCUCAUCAGCCGAGUGCAGAAAAUUUAUUAGAGGUGUAGUUGAGUGCUUUUUAAUCUCAACAAUGGAACCACUAGCUACUGAAGCAGAACAUGAAGAAAUACCCAGCUCGAAGGAAUUUGACAGUGAAGGAAAUCUCGUAAUUUGCAAGCUAUCAAAUAAGAGGAACGUGGUGAUUCAAGACUAUAAGGGAAAAUCUUAUGUAUCAAUCAGGGAGUAUUAUUUUAAAAAUGGAAUGCAGCUUCCUUCAAACAAAGGAAUUCAUCUUUCAGCUGAACAAUGGUCGUCAUUGAGAAAGAAUGUUCCUUUGAUAGAGGAAGCUAUUGCGAAGAUGCAAUCCAAGUUAAGAACCAACCUUCAUUGCGAACAAAGUGAACAGAUUUCUAUAGCAACUGCAUCCACUCCCUGUGAACUUAAUGAACCUAUCUCUAAUUUGGCGACCGCCUCUCAUGCUGACCUCAAUGGACAAGCCUCUAAUUUGAUUGAUACUCCUACACCUCAUGAACUUAAUGGACAGGUCCCUGAAUCCUUGAUGACUACUUCUAGUGCACUCAAUAGACAAGUCUCUGAUUCUGCAAUGGCAUCUAUAAUUCAUGGACUUGUCCCUAUCGAAAUCAACCGUUUUGAUGGGAAGAAUUAUCAGCUCUGGGCGCCUAUAAUGGAAUUAUUUCUAAAGCAAUUAAAUAUUGCAUAUGUGCUUUCUGAUCCCUGUCCAAGUCUUGCAACGAGACCAGAAGCAAGUGCAGAAGAAAUUGCCCAGACCAAAGCUGCUGAACAGAAGUGGUCUAAUGAUGACUAUUUGUGUCGGCGCAACAUUUUGGUCUGUCUAUCUGAUGCUCUUUUCAAUCGCUAUUCAAAUAAGACUAGGAAUGCUAAAGAACUAUGGGAUGAGCUAAGGUUUGUGUAUCUUUAUGAGGAGUUUGGACAUGAGAGGUCUCUUGUGAAGAAAUACAUAGAAUUUCAAAUAGUAGAUGAAAGACCAAUUGUUGAGCAAGUUCAAGAAAUUAACAGCAUUGCAGAUUCGGUUGUUGCUGUUGGAAUAUUUUUUGAUGAGAAAUUUCAUGUUAGUACCAUUAUAUCCAAGCUUCCCCCAUCACGGAAGGACUUCUGCAUGAGAUUAAUGUGCGAGGAGGAGCUGCCUUUCCGAAAAUUGAUGGAUCUCAUAAAGGCCGAGGAAGAGUUCCGCACGCAAGCUAACUGUGUGGAGCCUUCCAGUUCUGUAUGCUUUAAUCAUUCCAAGAAUCUGGGACCGAGAGUUUCAGAUAAGUUCAAACCACGAUUUAAUGGGAAGAGACGAGAUACAGAUACAGAUAACAGGGUCACAGUCUGCUACUUCUGUGGUAGAAAAGGGCAUCUUUCAAGGAAUUGUCGUACUAAGAAGUUCGACAAGGAGAGUUCAUCGAGAGAUGCAGUUAUGGGAAUCAAGACAGAGCAGUCGUGAGCAGUCUCGCGUAGUUAAUGGUAGUGACAAGGACAUGCCAGGUUUUUAUUGAUUUAUUGCCAACAGUAGUUCCAUAUAUUGUUUUUAUUACGUCCUAAAGGUAAGGUUCCAAGGGAAACUUUUGGCCUGUAUUGCCAUGUACAUUAGAUUUAGGUGGUGUUAGCCUGUUUUUGCAACUGCAAAUAGAUAGUUGCAAAAUAUCAGUAUUGGUGGCACUUUUAACAGGUUCAUGUGGUAUUCUAACUUGUAAUUUUCUUUUAGUAUCUAGUUAGAGAGCUGUCUUUUUCUUUGACAAACUUGUAACAUUUUACUUAUAGAUUCUCUGUUAACAAUCCAUGUA